AAAAUAAAAUUGACCUCCAAAUAAUCCGAAGCGCUCGUCAGCCUCUGAAACCCCCCGAAAUCCAAAGCCAACGGCGGAGAGAGCAUCUCACUGAAUUGGACUGAACAAUGCCAGUUUUCAAAGCUCCGUUCAACGGAUACUCCGUCAAGUUCAGCCCCUUCUACGAGUCCCGACUCGCCGUCGCCACCUCCCAAAACUUCGGCAUCCUCGGCAACGGCCGCCUCCACGUCAUCGACCUCUCCCCUGCCCCCGCCCCUCUGGGCCCCGGCGCACCCCGCCAACCAAUCACCGAGCUCGUCUCCUACGACACCGCCGACGGCGUAUACGACGUCGCAUGGUCUGAGUCCCACGACUCCCUCCUAGUCGCCGCCAUCGCCGAUGGCUCCGUUAAGAUCUACGACACCGCUCUGCCCCCGGCCUCCAACCCCCUCCGCUCCCUCCACGAGCACACCCGCGAGGUCAGCUCCGCCGAUUACAACCCCACCCGCCGCGACUCCUUUCUCACCUCCUCAUGGGACGACACCGUCAAGCUAUGGACCGUUGACCGUCCCGCAUCUGUUCGAACUUUCAAGGAACACGCAUACUGCGUCUACUCCGCCGUCUGGAACCCCCGCCAUGCCGAUGUAUUCGCCUCCGCGUCGGGCGACUGCACUCUGCGCGUUUGGGACGUGCGCGAGCCCGGAUCCACCAUGAUCAUCCCCGCGCACGAGCUCGAGAUCCUGGCUUGCGAUUGGAACAAGUACGACGACUGCUGCAUCGCCACCGCCUCCGUCGACAAGUCGAUUAAAGUCUGGGACGUGAGGAGCAUGAGGGUUCCGGUCUCGGUGCUCAACGGCCACGGCUACGCGGUGAGGAAGGUGAAAUUCUCGCCGCACAGGCAAAGCUUGAUCAUGUCAUGCUCGUACGACAUGUCGGUUUGCUUGUGGGAUUACAUGGUGGAGGAUGCGCUGGUGGCGCGGUACGACCACCACACGGAGUUCGCGGUGGGUGUGGAUAUGAGCGUGUUGGUGGAGGGGCUUCUGGCCAGUACUGGUUGGGACGAGCUUGUGUAUGUUUGGCAGCACGGGACCGAUCCCAGAGCGCCCUAAAAGGACCCAUCCAUCCUUAGCUGCAUUGCAUUCUUGAUUGCGGUUAUUGCUAUUCUCGGAUGAUCGCCUGUUGUGCUUUAGUGUUCGUGAUAUAAUUUUGUGGUUUUGUUGUGCAAGAUGCGAGUGAUAGACAUUGCGAUUGGUAUUUGUGGCGGAUUGCAGGUUAGAUUUAACUUUGCUGUCUGAUUAUACCUAUACCAAUUCCUUAUUUUUCCAUCUGCCUGUCGAUGAUAAUCGGCCUCUGUGCUUUUUUAUGAUUUGAUGUUUCCGAUUUGGUAUGAAUGGACAUAGUUGACACCAUCUUCUUAGAGUUUGUUUGUUGCUUGAAGUUGAACAUGUUCAUUACUCACUAUAAAUGUUGAGGCAUGUUAAGGGCCUCCUCAGUGGAAACAAACUAGCUAACUGUGUUCGUGCGUGUGCGAUAGACGCAAAGUAAAAGUUUUAGACUUGUAGUUAUGUAUUGAAGAGGGUUUCAAUUCUGCAUUUUUUCCCUUAAAACUCGAACUCGUUUGUUGUUUAGAAUUGGAAUGGAUUGGAUAACUCAUAAAGUUGGAGUAAUUGAAGGUGGAGGUGAAAGAUUUUCAUUCAAAAGGAUUUAGAAGGGGAUUAGAAAUGAAGGAAAUCUAUCCCUUGUUAUCGUUACCGUUUUGGGGAUUGGAAUGGAUAAUAGUUGGGCACAA